AGGUGAUUUUAAUUAUUUUUAAUGAUAUUUUUAACUUAUUUUUUUAUUAAAAAAAUAUAAUUUCAUUUCGAGUUAGUGAAAUUUACAGUAAUAUUGAUGAAAUAUAACGACACCCAUUUGGGGUGAAAAACCUCAAUUUACUGACACGUCAAGCUUUACCUACCAAUCAUGUCGUACAUUAGAGUUAGUUAUAUAAAAGAGUGUGGAGUUAAUUUGGAUAACUAAAAGAUAACAUGUCGUUAGCUAAGUCAAUAUAUGCCACUUGUGAAGUCCAUAAGAAGUGGCAUUAUCUUUUACAGCGUUUAAGAAUGGUGAGGUCCAUUUAACACAGUCCCUUUCGAUGCCUUAAAGAAGGAAUGAGCAGUCCCAAUCUGUUUUAGUGCCUCAAAACUAUCCACUGUUUUGGAUGAAUCCUUUGUUGCUCUUCAAAGAUAUCAACUUCAAUUUCCUUUGUAACGUUUAUAAAAGGUUGAAAUUGGUUUAUAAAAGGGUUGGCUAUCCCUAAUUUAAUGAAUUAAUCACCUGAUUGAGUUAAGUACUAAGUAUGGCAUGGUGUUCGAUUCGAAAGGAAUUAUAUACAUAUAAGAUCAAACAAAGUACAUUGAUGUAUUCUGGGUCUCAUGCUAUAAGGAAGAUGUGAAGUUAAGGUGCAUUUUGGAUCCUUAUAUUUUAUGUAACAUAUCACCAUCUAACAUGAUGAGAUAUUGACACAUAAUUUGAUAAGUCCGAAUCAUAGAUCUAAAAUGCACACUCAAGUUAAUAAUAUUCUAUCUAUCGAACCCUCAUAAUUUAAUUCAAUUAUUAUCUCACUUUUACAUACUUGGGGCCAUGUUGCUAGCUAUCUCAUUAUCAUCUUCUAUUCUUUUUCUUUUAUGCAUGACAAAAAAUAUUCUUUCAGAAAUAACAGAAAGCUGAUGCUUAUGAUAGUGUUCCUUUACACCGUAGCAGAGGGAGUCAACACAGCUUGGUUCAAUCCCGGGUGCACAAGAUCAUCCACGUUGGCGCUCGGGUAGCGGGGAUCGUCGUCCGCUAAGGUUGGGCUCUAGCUUCUAGGUUUGGAAUCUCCCUUUGGCCGCCUCCCGUUGUGUCCCCGGUCCCUACACACAGGUCGGGGUCAAGAAGGGGGCUCCCAACUUCAACCCUUCCGAAUAUUUUGUUACAAUUAGGUGGAAAAUAAGCCAAGAACCGAUCCCUGUUGUCGGUCCCGCAAUGAGUGUUUAUCCUUCCAUUAGGUGAUCGAUCGUAUGUGUCAUAUUCAUGAUCGUCGACCCAUCGGGCGGCUGGCUUACUUUUGGAGCCUAUGUGGGGUGUUCUCCAUGCCGUGGCGUCGGACGACGAUGUUGUACUCGGUGUCGUCCCGACCUUCACGAGAUGGCUCGGUACUCGGUCAACGUUGUCUCGAUCUUUGCAAGAUGACGUUGUACUUGGGCGAUGUCAUUCCGACUUUUGCGGGGCAGCGUUGUACUAGGUCGGCGCCGUCCCGAUCUUCGCGGGAUGGUGCUGUACUUGGGCGGUAUUGUUCUGACUUUCGCGGGAUAGCACUGUACUUGGUCGAUGCCGUCUUGAUCUUCGCGGGACGGCACUGUAUUUGGGUGGCAUAGUUUAUUAUGUUGACUUGGAUGCUGUCGGCUGUGUUCAGUGGUCGGAGGGCAAGUUACUAAAAUGUGCCCUAUCAACCUACCAAUACUCUUCAACUAGAAUGAUGAUUGUUUGUGUUGCUUGAUUGAAGUGUUUCUAUGAUUCCAUGAUAUCAUGAGAAAUAGCUAAAAUUACAGUGCCACCAAAAUAUGACCUGUCCCUGUUAUCUACUAAAUCAUUUUGUUCAGAGUUUUUAUAAGGAAUGGAACCACCAAGAGAUGAAAUAUAAUACUUAAUUACUAGAUGUUAGAAAACAACAACUAUGCAUAUGUUUUAGCUAAUUAAUAAUGAUAGGGGUAGGAAACUGAUUUGACAUAACACCCCGGAUUCGACGUAACACACCCCCCACGACGAAGGUCUUGUGCGGCGCACUGCCCCAGAAUGAGCAUUAACAACGACACGACAUGCGUCCAUACCGAACGUACCCAAACGACCCCAUCGGCGGAACCCUCAUAAUCGGCCAAGACAGGGGGAGGCGUUGACUGACACCCCCCCAUACCCUGCGGAGGUUCGGCCCUCCACGCAACGACCAUGACAGCGACAGACACCAUCAGAGGUACGACCCUGCUCCGGCAGUAUGGCACAUCAGGUAACAUCAAAUCCGCUUAUAAAUACCCCCUGACUCCUAACGAAGAGGGGGGGCUCUCUCACUGAACACUCCACUCCACAUCACUGACUCGAUCGUCGGAGGGGUCGGGCCGAGCUACCGACCCGACCUGUGUGCAGGCAGGCGACCGUAGCUGAGCCCUCUCUGCGUGGCGGAGUUCCCCAGCCAGGCCCACUGCAUCCGCCAUCUCAGGAUCCCAAGGAGGAACCACGUUUGAACCUAGCCAUUUGGAGCCUUGAACCAGCCGCGUCGACCCCGAGGUCACGGCUAAAAAGUUACUUACCAUAACAAAUAAUGCACAUAAAAUUAAUGUUUUUGCAAAAGAAUGAUACAGUUGGUUGAUAGUAUGAGUGCAUAUAAUUAAAAGAUUUAUGGUUUUAAGAAGAAAACUAAACUUACAUAAGAACAUUAUGUUCAGUGUUAUAACCAAUAUUACUUUUAAUAUAAUACUGAGAAAUAAAUUGUAAGGAUGAGAACUUAAAAGUGAUUAGUAGCUUCAAGAUAGAUUCUUCAUAUACAAAAUUUGUACCAACCUACUUGUGUGAGGAGGAUAGAAGAGGCCACCCAUUCAAUGCACUCAAUCUAAGAUGCCCACAUAGAGGGAUGUCAAUUACUUUGGUGACCUAAACACACAAAAUAAUUUUGUGUAUUCAAUCCAAUCAAUGAUUUUUGUUAUAUAGAUAAAAUUCUACGCUUUACAUUGAAUUAAACCACAUGAUCUAUCGUUUGUAUGACAGUAUCAAUUGUUUAACAUGUUAGCUACGAUAUUGCGUAGGGUCGAAACACAAUUUCUAAUAUCCAUCACUAGUGAUUAGGACUACAUCAAAAGAAGAAAAUUGUAUUAAUUUGUAAAGGGUUUUCUAAGGUAGUUUUCAUAAUCGAAUCAGACUAAAUAUCAAGUUCAUAUCAUUGGUUGAUUGAUGUGUCAUUCAACAAAAAAAAAAAAAGUUGAUUAAAAAAUAAAUUUUUAAUAUAAUAAAGAGUGAUGAUAGAAGAGUAAAUAGUAUGUUGAGAGGAUUAGAGAGUUUUAAUUAUUAAAAAAUAUUUUCUUUCAUUCUUUAAUUAUUUUAAAUGUCUUUUGUUAUGGAACUUAACGUUGUGGCAGAGGAGUCAGCAUGAUUAGGUUUCGUCCUGAAGGUGUAAGGUUACCCUCACGAGGAUUCGGUGAUGUGGCGGAAGAACCAAGUCGGGUUAGGGAGCACCUCAUCGGUCAACCCGAGGCGAACCUUCAAUUGUUGCUCCUUCCUACCAAGGAAGGUCAACGUCAAGAGAGGAAUUCUCGAUCGACUCAUUCAAAGUUUAAGUCAGCUCAAGAUGGUAUAUAAGUGUUUGAGGUGUGUCCCCUUGUUAGUUGAGAGAGGAUUGGCUUUUAUACAUGUUUGUCGGAGGAACAAUCGUACAAGGCUCAUUAAUGAUCUAUGAUAUCCUUGGAGGUCAACCCAAGCUUUCUGCAUGGCACGAGCUGACCUGCACGGCACCGUACCAUGCGGUAUCGUCUUACAUCAUCACAAAUGGCUCAAUGUAUGACAGUAUCGUCUCGUACAGAUCUAAGCGACACGAGUAUGACUCUCAGAUCUGAUGUACUUUGUUAGCACGAGUAUGACUUCCGCCGCUCUCAGAUUCGAUGUAAUUUACCUCGUUUCUUUCAUACUUGCAUUGAGUAAUGGUUUAACAUUAUUUUAUGUAGAUGAUGCCAAGAGUGGUUAAGGUUUGCAUUAGUUUUCUUCCCCAUCUGAUCGAACCUGUAAAGAAGCUUCGGUGUACGUGCAGGGCUUGUCGGGUUGACCAUAUCCAUGAAUUAUUAUCCUUAUCAUGCUGCUUCUCCUAACUCAAUCUUUAAUCUGUCUCGAGAGAUAUCUUAUUCUAUUCCCCAUAUAAAAUAACAACUCUAAUGUUUAGUCCAUUGCACGAGAGAGCAUUGUCGUCGUCUAAAUCAUUUCCCGGUUUUGAAGUUGACGAUUUCGAUCUCUGAAUUUUAGGAAUCAUAAUCGAAUCAUAGAGGAUUGGUUCUUGAUAUGGUUUGGUCCCAACGAGUCAUCGGGCUACUUUUGUUACUGUUCUAAUAUGAUUCGAUGUGGGUUCGAACCAAACUGUGAUAAGCACUAUGGUGAUGAAACCGUAGGAGGUCGAGGAAGUGUAAAGCUAGAUGAGUUUAUACUAUGAUCAUCGUAGAGCUGAAGCUUUCCAAGCAUCUGUCAUCACCUUCACAGUUGUCUAAUGCCAUGAACUGGACGUCGACUGUGGCAGCUGAGCAGUGACAUAUGUGAUGAGCAUUGUUUGCGGACAAUGAUUUGGCUGUGCCGAUCAUCUGGCAGAACUGUGUUCUUCGAGCAGGGUUGGUGAUGCAGCUGACAGCGCCAUUUAUCCUAAUGUCUUGUCGGUGGUGAGGACAGGCAGUACCGGAGGAGGAUUCGGUGGUGAGCCGAAUCCAGAGAAUUCAAUGGUGGCCUUCGCCCGCUUGCUCUGCUCCUGCAAGUUGUCGUGCUGGUGCUUGGCAAGUGGCCCGGGCGACUGAUGAGGGCACGGCCAUGGACGGAUGAUUGGGUCGCAGGGUGGGGCGUCCCCCAGAAUCCGCCCUGGUCGAAACGAUUCGGCGUUGUUCCUGCUCAUCAAUGAUCUUUGUUCUGUACACAGAGAGAGAGAGAGAGAGAGAGAGAGAGAGAGAGAGAGAGGACAAUGGCUAGACAUAGUUGAAGGUGAUCAUGGAAGAUUGGACAGCAACAAGCAUUGGGUAGCAAUGUGGAGAUGCUGUUCGAGACUAAAGAAAGACUCCCGCGCAACCUGAUCGAAGUUGUGAUUAGGUGAUCCGACAAUGAUGCAUGUUGAUUGGGCCUACCUCGAUAAGCUGCGAUUGGACAGGGGGGAGAGAGAGAGGCGAUGGAGGAGAGCAUCUUCUACAGCGCUAGCCAUGGCCACACAUGAGGCGUGCAGUGCAGUGGACCGCUUCGGAGCUGCGUCAGUGGGAGUACAGCGGAACGGGUGAAGUACCCUUCGGCUUCAAAAGUUGAAACGGCUAAGAGGGAGCAGGAAGACGGAGGGAGGAGGAGAUCUCCCUCGUGAUACCCUCUCGGUUGCGGCCUAUCGAGCGAGGAGAGAGAGGGAGGAAGGCCAAUCAAAUCCCUCCGACUCUCUCUCUCUCUCUCUCGUUGCUGCUUUUAAGCGACUCUUCUUUUCUCGUGCGCCGCGCGUCACUGCACUUCACCAACCUCUGUCCCUCGCUCCUUCCCAUACGCAUCCAUCACCACUUCUGCUUCUCUCUCUCUGUACAUAAUUCUCUACAUAGCUGUCUACUCUUCCUUUAGGUCUGCAAGUUCUCUUUCUUGGUUCUUAAACCUGAGGUUGCCCUGGAGAAGAGGAGAGCUCAGUGGUGGGGAGCAAUGGCGUGUGGGAAGGAUGGGGAGAAGGACCCUCGCAUUGGAGGGAUAGCGGCUUCCAUCCGCGUCGUCCCCGACUUUCCCAAGAAAGGAAUCAUGUUCCAGGACAUCACCACCCUCUUGCUCGACCCGAAAGCCUUCAAGAACACGGUGGACUUGUUCGUGGAGCGGUACAUCGGGAAGGAUGUCUCCGUUGUCGCUGGUGAAGUCAUUUCAGAAAAGUAUGUUCUGGAAUAUGGGACUGAUUGUCUUGAAAUGCAUGUCGGAGCAGUCCAACCUGGUGACCAUGCUUUGGUUGUUGAUGAUCUGAUAGCAACUGGGGGUACUCUUUGUGCUGCCAUGAAUUUACUUGAGCGUGCUGGGGCUGAGGUGGUUGAAUGUGCAUGUGUUAUUGAACUUCCAGAACUCAAGGGUCGAGAAAAAUUAAAUGGUAAGCCAUUAUACGUACUGGUGGAGUCGCUUUGACGAUCCUUCUUCUUCGUAUCAGUUCGUGUACAUUAGAGGAUUUUAUCUCCAUUAUCACAUGUUGAAGCUGGCUUCUGUUCUUCUCAGAUCUGUAAACUUCAAUUGGUUCAUGCCUUGGCUUCCUUCUUAUGUUCUCCAUUUUUCUCAAAUUUGCUUUGGGACACUGCAUUUUAUUUGAAUAACCAUUUGUCAUCUCCCUGUUCUCAAACUCAUUGUGAUCAACUGUCAUGCAUUUUUCAUCAAUACAAACCUUGGAGUACUUGUCA